AUGAUUGUACCUAUCAUCAUUGCCGCUUUGGCUAUCCGAUCCGUCAGAGGAGCCGCAUAUGUCGGUUGUGUAGAUCCUGCGAACAUUCCUACGGCUUCUGGAUCAACCACCGGAACCGACGUCACAGGCUGCAUCAGUUACUGCUCCUCACAAUCAUCCCCUUACGCCUUUUACAGCAAUGCCGACGGAUCAUGUACCUGUUCGAGUUCAGGGGCCGCUUUGAGUGCCUAUGAAGCAUCUCAAGAUUCUGUUGGAAGUUGUGCUGCCGACCAAGCCUCUGCAUGGUAUAUUAAUACGAAUUACGCCUUCGACAGCUGUGGUGACUCUGUGACGAAUGCGAAUGGUGGUCGAACGUCUUUCGUAGCAUCGGCAGAAGCGUGUCUGUCGGGUUGUACUACCGCUACAGCGGUUUUUGGUCGUCUUGCAGGCUCAUACAUGUGUACUUGUGCUUCUCAAACUACCAAUGAUGCUCCCAACGCAUGUCAAGGUGGACAAGCAGGAAGUGGUCUAUACUUGUAUACCCUUUCGAGUGUCGAGCCCACCGGUGUGGCCAGACGUCAGCUGAAGGAACGUCUGAGACGAGCCCAAGCUAUCCAGCAUCAGUAUUGUCCAGCGGGACUUACUGCCUGCCUGAUUGGAUCAGAUAGAGAAGCUUUCGAAUGUGUGGACACUCGAGCGGAUCUUGAGUCGUGUGGUGGUUGUUUGGGUGGCCUGUAUGGGCCAACAACCAGAAAUGCUACAUCUACUGGAGUAGACUGCUCUGCGCUGCCGAAUGUCGCUCUCGGAGGCGUCACCUGCACUCGAGGUCAUUGUGAGGUCUCAGCGUGCAAAUACGGCUACGCAUUAGUAAACAAGGAAUGUGUCAGGAUGCUUUAG